CCUCGUCCCCUCCCAAGCCCUGUGUGUUCCUGGCACACAGGCCAAGCAGGCCUGACAGCCAGCCUGCAUUAGAUAAGAUAGCCACGAGGGAGCUGUGGGGCAACGGCCACGGCCAAUGACGGCCUAACACACGCAACACGCAUUGCUUCAACAUUGCACGCUGGCUGCUCACCGCACUCCCUCCAGACUCGCAAAGCUCCAGCACCGCUUCCGCUACCCUCAAUGUCAUCGCCAGCCCCUGCGCGCACCCUGAAUGUCCUCGUCGCCCUGACCGACCCCUCGGCCUUCCGCUUUGGCUGCUCCAUUGUCGCCCGCCUGCAUCGCCUCCAUCAUGUGUCGCUGAAGAUCAUAGCCUGCAAGGAAUUCCCAACAACGACGCAAACGACGAUCCCCCCCCAACUCGAGCCACUAUGGCAAACAUACCAUGUCGACGACCACGCCCUGCCCGAGUGGCAACACGCCGACUACCUCGACACAACCGUUGCAGAGUACUGCGCAUGGGCCGACCUGCUGGUCCUCGCGCCCCUCAACGCUGAGAACUUGGCGCGCAUGCUGCACGGCUUCACAACCAGCCUGCACCUGCAAGUGCUGCGCAGCUGGAAUGUCUCCAAGAAGAUCCUGCUCAUACCUGCCAUGUCGACGCUCAUGUGGGAGAACCCCAUGUCGAGGAAGCAGAUCAGCAAGAUACGGAGGAAAUGGAACUGGAUCCGCGUCCUUCCACCCUUCCUGUGGUCCUUUGAUCAUUCCGGCCGCAAGUGCCAGCCGUGGGUCGAAGGCCACAAGGCCUUCAACGAGUCCAUGCAAACCCAGAUUGACCUCAUGGCCGUCGGUGAUCGCACCGUCGCCCUGCCCAUUGCCCAUCUGCCCACACUGACUCGUACCAAGAGCAAAGGGCCUCGUCUGCCCCCCGAGCUCUGGUCCAUCAUCCUCGAGUUCACAAAGGACUGGGAGCUGGCCACCACCCUCAACGUCCACACGAAUCUGCCCAUACCGAAAGAAUGGCGGCAAGCCGCGAGCGACGAGGGCCCCAAGACGCCAAUGCAGAAACUGGAAUGGGCCCUACUUACCUAUCCAUACCCCGAAAUCAAAAACAUCUUCGACGCCGAAAAGCCCACGCGCAUCUCACGCCUUUGCAUCGAGCUCAUCAUGCGCUUUGCCAUGGUGCCGGUGCUGGUCCAUUUGGAAAAGUCGCACAAGGAUCUGUUUUGGGGCACUUUUGGACACACCUUCUUGCCGCACAAGGCCUCGGUGUUUGGCAAGACGGACAUUCUUGAGUACUGGAGAACAUCGCCGGCCUUCCUCACCAAAGAGUACUCUGCCGAGGCUAUCGACGACGCAAGCCGGACGAAUUCGAUCCAGGCCCUCGACUGGUGGUACAACUCGGGUCUUGCCCUCAAAUACACCGAAGCCGCGCUGGAGCAGGCAAGCUCACAGGGGCAUAUCCAUGUGCUUAAAUGGUGGAAGGAGCACAGCCGCCAUCGGACUGCCCCGCUGGUUCCGUCGAGUCCAAUUGACGAGCAAGCCCCGAGCAAGACGCAUCGCGAUGACUUGCCUCUCAAGGUGGGCAAGUCCAUCACGUACGCAACGCAGUCUGGCUGUCUGCCCGCCAUUGUUUUCUGGGUCGAUUCCGGCAUCCCCUUCUCGCACGAAGAUACCAUUGCCAAGAUUGCAUCGACACACGGCCACACUCACAUCCUAGACUACUGGCGCAAGCUCCGCGGCGAGAAGAUGCUUUUCGACAACCAGGUGCUCGUUGGGCCGACCAAAAUGGGCCAUGCCCACGUGCUCGAGUGGUGGAAGCGCAGUGGCCUCAAGGUGGAAUACAAGACGUGUGACAUUGAGGAGGCGCUCGAGGACGGAGUCGAGGGGGACAAGGGCGAGACGGUGAGGAGAUGGUGGGCGUUGAACGGGCUGAAUCUUGGUGUUGGGACGAGCGAAUGGAUGAGGGUCAAGGUGCUGGGCUCGUGAUGAAGCACAUGAUGUGACGAUAAAGAUGAAUGAUACAGCAUAGC